AUGGAUGAAUUUAAGAAAUUUUCCGAACCGUCUCUUCCGUCGCAAAAAGAAUUUUACAGUAGUUUGACAGACGAAGGUAUUACGGAUGAAGAUUAUUUACACGCACAAAAAGUAUGGAAGUCGUUCGAUAUGAAAACCAUGCGCGAUUAUCACGAUCUUUAUUUGAAAGUGGACGUGUUAUUAUUGGCAGACAUCAUGGAAAGAUUUCGCGAGAUUUGUAUGGGGAAUUACAAAUUGGAUCCUGCAUGGUAUUAUACGUCGCCGUCAUUGGCAUGGGAUGCGUGUCUGAAAAUGACGCGUAUCCGUCUGGAUUUAAUUUCCGAUACGAUCAUGUUUAAUUUUAUCGAAAAGGCAAAAUGUGGCGGAAUAUGUAUGAUCAGUAAAAGAUAUGCCGUUGCCAAUAAUAAGUAUGCGAAAGAUUUUAAUCCGAAAGAGAAAAGUACAUUUCUACCCUACUGGGAUGCAAACAACUUAUACGGUUGGGCCAUGUGUGAAAAACUUCCGUACGGGAAUUUUGAAUGGAUGAAUUUGGAUCGGUUGAAAAAUUGGAACAAUCUUCCGGACGGAAAAGGUUGUUACGUCGAAGUAGAUUUAAAAUAUCCGGAAGAAUUACAUGAUUUGCACAGCGACUAUCCGUUGGCACCGGAACGUCUUCGAAUAGGAAAGGUUGAUAAACUCGUUCCGAAUUUAAACGAUAAGAAAAAGUAUAUCGUUCAUCAUAGAACAUUAAAAAAAUACGUGGAAUUAGGAUUGAUCGUGACAAAAAUUCAUCGCGGUCUGAUGUUUUCGGAAAGGGCAUGGAUGGCAGAAUAUAUUCGGUUGAAUACCGAUUUGCGUAAAAAAGCCAAGUCUGAUUUUGAAAGUAAUUUUUUCAAACUGAUGAACAAUUCGGUGUUUGGAAAGACGAUGGAAAAUGUUCGCGAUCGUAUCAACGUGAAGCUCGUUAACAAUGAAAAGAAGUGGAAUAAACUAGUGAAAAAAAGUUAUUACGUCUCGACAGACAUAUAUACCGAGCACUUGGCGUUGGUUCACAUGCGAAGGACGACCGUUCGUUUGGAUAAACCUAUUUACGUAGGUGUUGCCAUCCUGGAUAUCAGCAAGACGCUGAUGUACGACUUUCACUACAAUUACGUGAAGAAAAAAUAUGGAGAAAAAGCAGAACUUCUUUUCACGGAUACGGAUUCACUUCAUUACCAGAUAGCGACCGACGAUCUUUUCAAAGACAUUACACCCGACGUUCGUCAGAAAUUUGACACGAGUAAUUUUCCAAAAUCUCAUCCGUCUGGAAUUCCAUGUGGAAUGAAUAAGAAGGUCAUCGGUAUGAUGAAAUCCGAAACGGGUGCGGGUCAGAUUAAAGAAUUUGUAGGAUUACGUCCAAAAUCUUAUUCGACGCUCGGCGACGAUGGAAAGGUGAUUAAGAAAUGCAAGGGAGUUAAAAAAUGUGUCGUGAAAAAAGAUCUGGCGCAUCAGCAUUAUAAAGAUGUUCUAUUAGGUGAAAUAGAAAGACGUGUAGGCAUGACGACACUUCGUAGUCAUUAUCAUAACAUUUAUACCGAACGUUUGGUAAAAACGGCACUUUCGGCCAGGGACGACAAACGGUAUAUUUUAGACGAUAAAAUUCAUACGCUGGCAUUAGGUCAUAAAGACAUUCCUGAAAAAGAACGUACAUUACCAAAGAUCGACUUGGAAUAUAACGGAUUUUGUGAAUUUCCUUCUGUCCAGGAACUGGAAGAAUUGAGGAAGUCUGAUGAACCGGUGAAAGAAGAAGUACCUAUCGAAAAGAAAAGAGAACUUCAGGUUUUCAGUAUUUCUGCAACGACGGAAGGAAUAGUGAAUUUUGCACGCGAGAGAGUCACACAAAAAGCAUCGGAAGGAAACUGCAGUAUAUCUUAG